CUAGUCAUCCUGGCAAACCCCCCAGGCGUGGAGCUCCGGGCAAGCAGAACUGGUUGCUUAUUGAAAGGCGCAACCUGACACAGGGAGACAGCUACAGUGUUUGGGUGGAAACCAAUUACGGCAUGGCUGGGAUUGCAACUUCCGCUAAGUUAAACUUCAGCUUGGAUGAAAUAGUGAAGCCGCCUCCUCCUGAUCUGGAGCCUGUGGUGUUUGAGUCCUCUGUCGCGAUGGUCAGUUGGAAGAACCCUCACUGGUCUGAAUCCCUUCAUCACCAGCCGCCUCACCUGUGCCCUUCGAUACAAGAUGUCCAAGGACCAUAGCUGGACCUACCUGAGUGAGGAGCAUGUAGACCAGGAAGGGUAUGACCUGGAGGACCUGAAGCCUUUCACUUCCUACGAGGUGCAGGUACAAUGCAUUCCAGAAAUGAAGAAAGGCUUCUGGAGUGAAUGGAGUUCAUCCCAGACCUUCGUAACCCCGGAGGCAGCUCCCCUGGGUCAGGUAGACGUGUGGCAAAAAGUUGGUGUUUCUGAGAAAGGUGUUCCAAGUCGCUUCCUGCUGUGGAAGGCACCAGACCCCGAAGCAGCUCGGGGAGUCAUCCUCGACUAUGAAGUUGUUUUCCGGGACCGCGACAAAAAGAUCACUACGAUGGUGUGCCUUUGUUGCCAUGCUGCCCUCCCUCUUUCUGCCGACUAUGCCUGGGUAUCGGCCCGAAAUUCCGUUAAGAAUACGCUGCCUGCCAACCUCAGCUUGGAACAAGCAGAUCUUCCUGGCCCUGAGGAAGUCCAGGUGAUGGCUGUACCAGGCCUGGGUCUCAGGGUGAUGUGGAAGCCCAGUGCAAGUGCUCGGUGGCUCCAGCCUGAGGAGUAUGUGGUGGAAUGGAGAGAAGAGAUCUCCAGCAACCCCGUCGGACAGUUGCUGAACUGGAUACGGAGCCCCAGGAACAGCAGCAGCGCCCUGUUGAGAGGUAACUUCAGAGCAAAGGUGCCCUACCUUGUCUGCGUCUAUGCUGUGUAUGCUCAUGGGAGCAGCGCUUCGGUCCCUGUGCAAGCCUACUUCAAGGAAGGAGCACCAACAGCUGCUCCCCAGGGACUGCAGGACAGAAGCAUUACACCUACAGCCUCUCUCAUCUCCUGGGGGGAAAUUCCGCUGGGAGAUCGCAAUGGACACAUCACCCACUACACACUUUACCUGGGACAUCCCACUUUACGGAACGCCAAGGCAAACAGGACCAUUGUAGUUGGUGCUGCAGAGAGGAGCUACAGUCUCUUGGACCUGACGCCUGGGACUCCCUACCAGCUCUGCAUGACGGGAUCCACCUCAGCUGGGGAAGGUGUGCCCAGUCCUGUGCAUCACUUCCGCACUCCAGAUUCCCAUUGGCAGACCCUCCUGGCAGUCUUCCUGGUUCUGGGAUUCCUGCUUUUCGUGGCCUUACUUGUGGUGCUGGUUAAUUACAGAAGGGUCCUUGACUUCUGCCAUAAGAUCCUGCCUCCGUGGUGCUGGGAGAAGAUUCCAGACCCAGGGCACAGUGAUGUUACCUCGAGGAUUGAUGAGCACAACGCUGCCCCUGGCAUGGAUGCCCUAAGCCAAUGCCCAGUCAAGUUCCCAGAAGAGCUAGACAUUGUUGAGAUUAAGGAACCAGCCCCAGAGCAGACCACGCCCCUUGCCCCAGUGGAGUUCUCUGGCUAUGAGAAGCGAUUCAUGCCCACUUUGGAGGAGCUGCAGAGGCUGGCUUGAGAAGAGAGGAUGCCUAUGAUCUUUGGAGACCAAUGGGAGAGUGGGGACCUGAAGCUUAUUCCUACAGCCUCUGAUCUCUGGCUGGACCAUGGUCAGCAACCUAUGCUCCCGCAUUUGUUCUUCAGCCUUGGACAUACUGUAGGAAAAGUGCCCUGCCAAUUUCUUUGGCUAUCAGAGCAUCUCUUAUGCCAUGGAUCAAAGGGCAGAACUGUCGGUUACAGACCCAGGUGCUCUAACCGGUGCUUGUGGCCUCAAAACAGCCACAGAGAGAUUCCUGGGAAGGAGGAAGCACAAUGAAGUUGUGGACUGAGCCUGGAUCUUCCUCAAGGCUCCCCGGUGUUAAGCUGUUACUACUUGGCUCGGUCUUUCUGUUGUCUCAGCUGUUUGAUCUCCACCUGGAUGCUGGAGCCUAUUGGUGUUUCACAACUUUCUGACUAGUUGCAGGACCUUAGCCAGACCUAGCAGAGUAAACGUAGAGUUUACUGGCUGCAGACAAGAUGGACGGAGCAGGAACCAGGAACUUGUAGUUAUGGGUGUUUAUUAUAUACAGUGGACUAUUUACAGGAACAGAACAGAACACGGAUCUUUGACUUG